UUAGUGUUCACACUUCCGGUGGGAUGAACAGAUUUUUAGAGAAGUUAGAAGAUAAACAAGUUGUUUUUGUCAUUUGUCCCACAUGAUUUUCUGGGGUAUAUCAAUAUAGAGGAAUAAUGCCACCUAGUUCAGGGGAGCUAUGGGGCCACCACCUGAUGCCCUCGCAGGUGAAGGUGGAUUGUCUUAUGCCAACAGGGGUAUUAAUACAGUUGAUGGUGAACCGAGAUGAAACAUUAGAAAGGAUUAAAGCUCAGUUAUGGAUAGAAGCUAAAAAUUACCCCCUCUUUCAUAAACUUGGGGACCAGGGGUCAUAUAUUUUUGUGAGCAUUACACAAGAUGCAGAGAGUGAGGAAUUCUAUGAUGAAACUAGAAGACUGUGUGAUCUUAGACUGUUUAUGCCUGUACUCAAAGUUGUUGAACCAAUUGGGAACAGAGAAGAAAAGAUAAUUAAUUAUGAAAUAGGUAUGACAAUUGGAAUACCGACCAGUGAUUUUGAUAACAUGAAAGAUCUUGAAGUGAUGACAUUUAGACGGACAGCCCUAGAUGUUUGUCGCGAGGCUCUAGAACAGAGACAGAUUAAUAGUAAACAAAGUGCUGCGUUAUGUGCAUAUCCCCCCGACCUUGAAUCCUCACCAGAACUACCUCCACAUCUCAAAAAGAAAUUAAAGAAAAAAGAAGGGCAUGUUGUUUGCUGUAUAUGGAUAGUAUCAGACGAUGGCAAUAGAAAUAAAUUUAGUGUCAGUGUGGGACACACAGCUCGACCCAUUGAUGUUAUUUCAGAGGUCAUACGGCGAAGGGGGCGCCUAAUGGACAUCACUACAUCACAGCUGGAUGGACUGAUAGAAAGUUAUAAGGGCACGUAUGCCCUUAAAGUGUGUGGUUGUGAUGAGUUUUUAUUGGCAGAGAAUCCAAUAAGUCAAUAUAGGUAUGUUAGAGAAUGUAUUGCUACAGAGAAGAUACCACAGUUCAUGUUAUUGACCAAAGAUGGGAUUUAUGCAACACUUCCAGAGUUUACAUAUCAAAUGCCAUCUUAUGCACAAAGAGGUCAUCAGUUACUGUUAGAUAUAAAUAAUCAGCCAACCAUAUCUCUCUGGGAAAUUAAUGCUGCAAUCAGGAUCAAAAUAAACUGUGCGACUUAUGUCAACGUGAGAGAGGCAGGAAAGAUAUACGUCAAGGCAGGCAUUUAUCAUGGUACUGAGGCUCUUUGUGAAGCUCAGGUGACAAAGGAAGUGGAGUCUAACAAUCCUCGCUGGAACGAGUGGCUGGAAUUCCUCAACAUGACUGAUAUUCCCCGCAGUGCCCGACUCUGUAUGUCCAUCUGUUCUGUCAACAGAAGGAGGAACAGAAAGGUGACCUUUGCCUUAGCUUGGGGAAAUCUACAGCUGUUUGAUUUCAAUGACAGACUUCUAAAUGAAAAAGUUAGUCUAAAUCUGUGGCCUAUGCCCCAGGGAAUGGAUGAACUUCUGAAUCCCAUUGGUAUUCCAGGAUCAAACCCUGAUGAAAAAGAGACAGCCUGUCUUGAGAUAGAAUUUGAUAGGUUUGCCUUUCCUGUGGUGCACCCUCAAGAAUACGAGUUCGAAGAAUUGGCUCACUUUCUGACAACUAGUGAACGAAGAACUCAUUUACUGGAGACUCCUAUAAGCAGACAGAGGGAUGAGGAAACAAUUAGAGAAGUUGUGUUACGUGAUCCAUUGGCUGAAAUCUCUUACCAGGAAAAAGAGAUACUGUGGAGGCAAAGGGAGUUCUGCUUGACUCUCCCCCAUUCUCUGCCAAAACUCCUUCAAGCUAUGAGAUGGAAUGAUCGUGAAAAUGUGGCUCAAAUGUACAUGUUACUGAAGAAAUGGCCCAUUUUAGAGCCGGAAGUUGUUCUAGAGCUGUUAGACUGCUCAUUUCCCGAUCCUCAUGUUCGUAGCUUUGCUGUUAGAUGCAUGGAACAGAAACUCACAGAUGAAAAACUACAACGAUACCUUCUACAGCUUGUACAGGCAUUAAAAUUCGAGCCAUAUCUAGAUAACCCAAUCACCAGAUUUUUGCUGAAGAAAGCACUUUUAAAUCAAAAGAUAGGACAAAUCUUCUUCUGGCAUCUCAAGUCUGAAAUGCACCACCCUGCCAUUAGAACUAGGUUUGGACUUGUGCUGGAGGCAUUCUGUCGAGGCCUUGGGCCAUACUUAAAAGUUUUGACCAGGCAGGUGGAGGCACUAGAAAAACUCACUAAACUUACAGAUGCUCUUCGAAUGGACGUCAAAAAUGACCACAUAGAACAAAUGAAACACCUCCAUUUACAACUACAGCAGCCUGAUUACCAUGAAGCUCUGCGUAACUUCCUGUCACCGCUGAACAACAGCAACAGACUGGGAGAUCUGUGUGCUGCAGACUGUAAAGUGAUGAAGUCUGCCAAGCGACCACUAAAGUUAUCAUGGCAGAAUGCUGAUCCAAUGGCUGAUAUUUAUUUCCUCUCCUUCAAGUUCUUCUUCAAAAAUGGAGAUGAUCUAAGGCAGGAUAUGCUCACGCUGCAGCUGUUAAGGGUAAUGGAUUCACUGUGGAAAGAGGAGGGGCUAGAUUUAAGAUUAAUUCCUUAUGGCUGUCUAUCCACCGGUAAGGAGCUGGGCCUGAUAGAAUGUGUCCGUGAUGCCCUGACUAUUAUGGACAUUCAGAAAAAGACUAUAACUGGUGCUUUUCAGAUCGAUUCUAGUAAUGUUCAUAGGUGGAUCAAAGAAAACAACAAAGAAAGCAAGGAAAAAUAUGAUCAAGCAAUAGAAACAUUCACUCGUUCCUGUGCCGGCUAUUGUGUUGCCACAUUUAUCUUGGGUAUAGGAGACAGACAUUCAGAGAACAUCAUGUGUACUAGGGAUGGUCAGGUAUUUCAUAUUGACUUUGGCCAUUUCCUGAACCACAAGAAAAAGAAGUUUGGAAUCAACAGAGAGCGAGUGCCCUUUGUUCUGACAGAAGACUUUGUGCGUGUCAUUGUCCGUGGCUCAGACAAAAGUACUAAACAUGACCUCUUCGCCGAGUUUAACACAUUGUGUUUGGAGGCCUAUAUGGUUCUCCGUAGACAUGCUCAUCUUCUCAUUAAUCUGUUCACCAUGAUGUUGUCAUGUGGAAUCCCAGAGUUACAGUCCCUGGAUGAUAUAAGCUAUGUAAGAAAGACAUUAGCUGUGGAAGAGACUGAAGAAGAGGCUGCAAAGUAUUUUAAUUUACAGUUUAAAACUGCCCAUGGUGGACAGUGGUCAACUAAAGUAGAUUGGGUAUUCCACUUCAUGAGGGCUUUCAGCAAGUAAAAAGCAAUGGAGGUUGUCUUCUCUUCUUUCCUUUCUCAAAUGCGAACAUGUGUUCAGUGGAUUUUUUUUUCUGUUUUUGCACAUGGAGGAAGAAAUCAAAGGGAUGGAGAAAAUUAUUCUUUUGUUUCGAGAAGAGAUAAAAGGAUCAGAGAACUCCUGGUUUGUCUUUCAGGUCAUCCCAGUUACUGAUAGCCGUGGACAUGCAUUGCGAACAGAAAGUGCUUGGCUCUUACUGGGUCACCUGAGUCUAUCAUGUGACCAACUGCUGUCUGUUACUGUCUGUCAAGCAUAAGUUUUGAAAACCUUCAGCUUCAUUUCAAAAGAAAAAAAAUGACUGAACCAGUACCAAACACUUCUGGUACAUAGCCUGAUAGGGAAAAAAAUUUGUUUAUAGUCCCUGCCUUUGGCCAUGCAUUUAGAGACUUUCAGAGCAAAAGGUUUUUAAGCCUUGUGCAUGAAAUAAAGUUUGCUGAUGAGUACAUGUAUGUGGAAAUAUUCAUGCUAUUCAAAUUACCAUCCAAUGUCCUUAUAUGCAGACCUCUUGUACCAGAGUAUUGGUCAUUUUCAAAUUACUUCCCUUGUUGAAACUCCUUAGAAAUGAAAAAUUUUAGAGUAAAGAUUUAAGACAUGAGUACAUGGGCCAUAACUGAAGCUAUGCAAAUUGCACAGAAAUAAAUAUAAAAAGGCAGAUAAUAUUUAAAAUAAAAAUACCCUAGAGGUCACAACUUUACACAAAAGAUUGAGGUCUAAAUUUACAUGUAGCUUUGAUAUAAUGAAUAUUUUCAUUAUUGGAAGUUUUCUUAAUUAUGACAUUUAUGUCCAGUGCACAUGCCCAUCAAGUUAACCUUGUUUCAAAGUCAAUAUUUAAUGAAGAAAACUUCAUUUUUUGAUAAUUUUUUUUAAAAUGAUAUUUCAGUAACAGUUACAGUUUUGAUUUAAGAGUCGGAAAUUUUACCUUUAAGGUUGUCCAUAAAUUAGCUUGAGACUGGGCAUUGAAAAAAAUUUGAAUGUUCUAGACCUCUUGAAGAUUUGAUGCCUGCUAAAUAACUGGAAGAGUUAUGGUACUGUGUAUAAGAAACAUAACAGAAUUUACUCAAGUAUAUGUAGUUUUUUUUUAUUUUGUUUUGCUUCUAAAGAAGAUAAAAUUUUAAGAAGCGCAGACAGGUACCUGCAAUAUUAGAUUCAACAUCAUGAUAAAAAAUUAUUUAUAUUGAUUCAGAAGUUUAUAACACAAUAUAUUUAUAGAAGUCCCACAGUUGUCUUUGUGAUAUGUAGAGGAAAUUUGGAGUUUAGAUUUUAUAUUGUUACUGGUAUUAGCCUUUGGACUACUGAUAAUAAUAAAGUAUGAAUCAUACUUAGAAACUGGAUGUGCUUGACGUUAUUUAUUUCAGUGCUGUGAGAAAGGUUGUUAAUACUUUUUAAAAUGUGUUUAGUGCUACACAUCAUGUUUCACAGUCUUAUUUCAAUUAAUGAACAAAUUUUGGGUUUUUUUUCCCUUCAAGAAAGUGCAAUCAAUGUUUAUAAUUUGUGUGAAAGGUAGUACAUUAUGAGUACAAUUGUAUAUGCAUUUACAUGUUGACAUCGAAUCAUCACAGAAGAUCCGUAUUUAUACUGUGUGUUGUGUGUCUGUCUUUUCAUGAAAAACAUGUUUUUU